AUGGAAUCGAGACCGCCGCACAACCGUCUUCAAGUGAAUCCAAAAAUGAAGACAUAUGUAAGCGCAGGACUGCUGAACGUAUAUGACCCUGGCUACGUUGAGUCGGACUGGUACGCUUGGUGGGAGAAGGAAGGAUUCUUCAAACCAGAGUACGGUCGACAGAAUGCAACGAUGCUGAAUCCGAAGGGAACUUUUACCAUUUGCAUACCUCCGCCGAAUGUAACUGGUACGCUUCAUAUUGGCCAUGCGCUUGCCACUACCGUUGAAGACACUUUAACAAGAUGGCACCGAAUGAAAGGAAGGACCACACUAUUCAAUCCUGGGUGUGACCAUGCAGGCAUUGCUACACAGGUAGUCGUGGAGAAGAAGUUGCAACGUGAAAAAGGUCUCACACGACAUGAUCUCGGUCGUGACGAUUUCCUCCAAGAAGUGUGGAAAUGGAAGAACGAAAAGGGUGGAGUGAUCUACGAUCAGCUGCGGAAGAUGGGUGCUUCGGUGGACUGGGAUCGUGCUUGCUUCAUGAUGGAUCCGAAGAUGGUGCGAGCGGUCACUGAGGCUUUUGUUCGAAUGCACGAGCGUGGUACCAUUUACCGUUCGAAUCGCCUCGUAAACUGGUCGUGUGCUCUUCGAAGUGCCAUAUCUGAUAUUGAGUGUUAUCGAAGAACGCCGUGCACGUCAACUCCUGGACAGCUUUCACCAGCAGAAUUGUUUCUCGGACGUCAGAUAAGGACUACCUUGACGUUACUGAAGGAAACAACCGAAGGUGAAAAGGACCAAGAAAUGCAAAAAUGGAAAAGCAAUUCAACCGUCACCACGGAGCACGAAAAGAUCGUACAAGAUUGGAGAACCAGUUUGGAUUCGAGACUAUCGCCCUGGACACAAGCAUGGAUUAUGGCACACGUGAAGAGUCGCUUUGGACGAGUUCUGUACGACGUUCUGACGGAAGAAGGUCAGCUGUGGAGAAGACAUGCGAAUCAGAUGCGAGCUAGAUCAAAAGGAAGGUCACUCUCUGAGUAUGGUUCAAUUAUUCGUCUGUGGUUCAAUAAACGACUGGAUUGGCUGCCUGUAAGGAUACAACAAGUGGCGAUCAGGACCAGCACCAAGGAUCUACAGGACUCAAGACAACAGCCGCUCAAGACUUCAGAGCAACUCGUAUGCAAUAUGCCGAAGUCAUCUGGAGAUGGAACAGCUUCUGCUCAUCCUGCACAGCUCGAGGUAGUACUUCAAACUAUGCUUCAACAGUUGCAAUUUCAGCAUGAAGAAAUGAAAAUGCUGUUCGCCUCGUUAGCGCCUACCAAGGAUGGCAUGGUGGAUAACCAGAAGCUGCUAUAUGACCAAUUGAACAAGGACGUAGAAAAGUUCGUAUAUGAUGAGGAGUCUGGAUAUACAUUUGACUACUGGUACAGAAGGUAUGGACAUAUUAUUGAAGCAUCAAGACAACGCUACCGUAAGUAUGCAGAUGAUGUUCUACCUUUACAACCGCACGAGAUCGAUUUCGCAACAACAGUGAGGAAACUUCAAAAAUUAUUUGCAUCCAAGAAAACGUUGAUACGUCGCCGAUACGAGUGUUUGAGGAUAUCAUGCCCAGCACUUACUUCGGAUUACUUUGUGGCAGGACUUCAGGAUCCUUCCCUACGAGAAGUACGUCUCAGAAUGCUUCGCCGACUAGAUACGCAAGCAGAAGACGCAGCAUUGACGAUUGAAGAUCUCGUUGCAGAAUGCGAAAAUUUCACAGCUCUGAAGAUGGAUAACGCAAAUAUGGGAACAAGCCACGAUGUUCAUGCCGUGCAGAAAAAGAAAGUGAAAUGUUUCAAAUGUGGAGGCCCACAUUACAGGAAUGUUUGUCCACUUCUCGCCAACCAACCAAAGAUGUCCGACCAGAUCCAAAGAAACCAAGAAGGCAGCAUUAUCGUCGUAAGAGGAACCAGUGCAAAAACAUUGCAACUUUUGCCGCAGAGAAUGCAAGGACAUACAUCAAUUCAAGACGGCAGAUGGAUCACCGAUGAAAAUCGAUGGAAGAUUUUCCACAGGCUUCUCCGUGAAAGACCGCACUACUGGAAAAUCAGUUCCGAGGAAAUGGUUAUUGCUACGUCACAGAGAGCACAAAUCUACUCGGUCUGGAAUGGUGUGUCCAACUCCCCGCAUACAAGGAGUUACAAGGACAAGUACCACUGCCGA